AUGAAGGACGGUUGGUUUUUCGACAAGAAUUUUAAUGGUUUAUCGGAUGAGAAUUUUGAUGAAGUCAUCAAGCUUUUGGAUUUCACACUUGAAGAUGUGGAAACUGAUGAUGCUGAAGAAGAUUGGGAUGCUCAAUUUAAGCAACUUGAAGAGCCAUCUCUUGGUGCUUUUCCAGUAUCAUCAUCUGGGCUUUGUGAUAAAACUCAGAAAAAUGAGAAUCCAAAACUUGAGAGGAGUUUCUCUGCACCGCUAGCAAAGACUACCGGACCUACAUAUGGCAAAACUAUUCCCAUUCAGAAUGUCUCGAGAGGAAAAGAUUUGCGCAAACUCCUAACCAACAGCCCAGUUUCUGUUUUUGAAAACAGUAGUUCUUCCUCGGUUGAGAAUUCCAACUUUGAGUUACCUGUCAUCCCAGUAAAGCGUCCUCGAGGCAGACGUCAGCGUCUCUCAAGCUUCAGCCUGCUAUUCUCAAUUCCUUUCUUCCCUGCUUCACCAGCUGUUAAAAAAGAUCAAAGGGGAGCUGUCUAUGAAUCAGAUUUAGAAACACAUCAUGCUCGGAAAUUAUUAAGCAGAGUCACAAAGAAGCAAAGGGAAAAGGAUCUCUCCAUGCUCUCUUAUAAUAUUGAGAUGAAGAGAUCUUCAUCACAGGAGCCAUUUACCCCCAAAAAAUGCAUGCAUUGUGAGGUUACAAAGACACCACAAUGGAGGGAGGGACCUAUGGGUCCUAAGACCCUAUGUAAUGCUUGUGGGGUUCGAUACAGGACCGGCCGGCUCUUUCCUGAAUAUCGGCCUGCUGCUAGCCCCACUUUUGUAGCAUCAUUACACUCAAACUCUCACAAGAAGGUCAUAGAAAUGAGGAAGAGAGCCACACAGGAGACUAAUACUCUAAAUUCUCUAGGAUAA